AUGAAUUUCCAAUUCAGUACAAUACCAGAACGUUACGAUGAAAUUUAUUUACGGUUAUCAAGACAAGGCGCACGUGUUUUGGCAUUAGGACAUCGAUCACUUGGAGUUCUGUCUAAUCAACAAUUACGUGAGCAAUAUUCAACACGCAAUUCUGUUGAACGUAAUUUGGAUUUUUGUGGAUUUGUUGUACUUUCAUGUCCCUUAAAACCGGAUUCAAAAGCCAUGAUUCGAGAACUUCGUCAUUCAUCUCAUCAUUUAACUAUGAUCACAGGUGACAAUCCACUGACUGCUUGCCAUGUAGCUAAAGAAUUACAUUUUACACGGAAAACUUUACUUGUUCUUACAGCGCCAAGUCAUGACUCAGAAGAAUGGAAAUGGGAAUCUGUUAAUAAAGAUACUUCUUUGCCCAUACAGCCUGCUAGUGUACGUAAUUUAACACGUGAAUAUGAUCUAUGCGUUACUGGAGAGGGUUUGAUAUAUCUUAACAGCUUACCUGUUGCUUUUCUUAAUGCGAUAAUGCCACAUGUUAAAGUAUUUGCUCGUGUAUCACCUAAACAAAAAGAACAAGUGGUUAUCAAAUUAAAUAAUCUUGGUUUUGUAACAUUGAUGUGUGGUGAUGGUACAAAUGAUGUUGCUGCACUGAAACAUGCUCAUGUUGGUGUGGCUUUAUUAACUGGCGUAGCAGCUAAGCGAGUUGAAAAACAACAUCAAGAAAAUACCACAACUAUACCGGCUGUUGUUCAACCGCCUGUAGUAGCAACAGCAGCAGUCGUGCAGCCAGUUUUAACACCAGUUGAAAGUGCUAAGCGAGAUCGUGAACAAACUAAAAAACGUUUAGAAGAACUUUAUAAACAAAUGGAUGAAACUGAACAAACGAUUGUUCGUCUUGGUGAUGCAUCAAUAGCAGCACCAUUUACAUCACGUACAUCAACAAUUCAAUGUGUUUGUCAUAUAAUAAAACAAGGCCGAUGUACACUUGUAACAACGUUACAAAUGUUUAAAAUUCUUGCUUUGAAUGCACUAAUCUUAGCCUAUAGUUUAAGUGUACUUUAUCUUGAUGGUAUUAAAUUUAGUGAUGGACAACAUACACUACAAGGUCUUUUAUUGGCUGGUUGCUUCUUAUUCAUAUCAAGAUCAAAGCCAUUGAAAACAUUAGCAAGAGAACGGCCGUUACCAAAUAUUUUCAAUUUUUAUACAUUAAUAUCUGUUCUUGGACAAUUUGCAGUACAUCUUACCGCAUUGAUUUAUGUUGUCAAUGAAGCACAUAAAAGAAUACCACCAAAAAAUGAAGAAUUUGCUGAUUUGGAAGCUGAAUUUUCACCGAACCUAGUCAAUUCUACUGUCUAUAUUAUGUCAAUUACAUUACAGAUAGCAACAUUUGCUGUUAAUUAUCAAGGCUAUCCAUUUAUGGAAAGUCUGCGUUCUAAUAAACCACUUCUCUAUAGUAUAUUAUUUUCGUUUACACUUGUUUUAUGUCUUAUAUUUAAUUUAAUACCACAACUUACAGAACAAUUUCAGAUUGUACUUAUGCCUGAUGAUAUGCGGCUAAUUGUUUUUUAUGUUGUAAUGGGUGAUGUUAUUUUAGCGUAUGCUAUUGAUCGAGUUUUGGCAUUCUUUCUUGGUCAAGCAAAAUUAAAACAAUAUUAA